AUGGUGGUGGUCUCUUCUAAGGUCGAGCAAAUAUUUGUCAACGAUUUAAAAGGGAUUUCUGCGCGCAGUCGACACUGUACCGUCGCACCUUGCUCUCUUACCUGUCCACGACGUCCACACGACGGAGUGUUUGAUAAAUACAUUAGAAGGACCGUUGGAAAUCAGGUGGUGAUGGAUCCGAUGCUUAUCUGCAAGAAGACUAGGAGGUUGAGGGGCAAGAUGGCGGACAUCUGUCGCAAAGAGCCUUCGCUGCUGAAGGAGAUCGCGAGAGGGGUACAGGUCGGGACCAAAGAAUGUCAGUACCAAUUUCGAAAUCGCAGAUGGAAUUGUACCACAAUCAGGAGAUCCCUCAGGAAGAUCUUGUUGCGCGAUACCAGGGAGACGGGUUUCGUGAACGCCAUCACCGCGGCCGGGGUAACAUACGCGGUCACCAGAGCCUGCACUAUGGGACAUCUCGUCGAAUGCUCUUGCGACAAGAUGACGUCCAAAGGUAAUAAGCUCGCCAAAUUGAGCCGCACCGUCGAAAUGGAGAAGAGUUUGCCGACCGAGGGUGACUGGGAGUGGGGAGGUUGCGGCGACAACGUGAAAUUCGGCUUCAAGAAGUCGCGAGACUUCAUGGACGCUCCUUAUCGAAAACGCAGCGACAUCAAGACUCUGGUCAAACUGCACAACAAUAACGCCGGUCGUUUGGCCAUCAGGGAGUUUAUGAGCACGGAAUGCAAGUGUCACGGUCUCUCCGGAUCGUGCACGGUUCGAACCUGUUGGCGGAAAAUGCCACCGUUCCGGGACGUGGGGAACAGGCUGAAAGAGUCGUUCGACGGCGCGGCCAAGGUGAUACCGAGCAACGACGGGCACAGCUUCAUCACCGAGGGGCCGACCAUCAAGCCGCCGGACAGAUUCGAUCUGAUUUACAGCGAGGACUCGCCCGACUUCUGCAAGCCGAACAGAAAAACGGGCUCGCUGGGUACGCAGGGACGUCGAUGCAACUCCACCAGUCAGGGAGUGGAUGGAUGCGAGCUCCUCUGUUGCGGCAGGGGAUACGACACGAGGGUCGUCAAGGAGAAGAUCAGUUGCGAAUGUAGAUUCCGGUGGUGUUGCGAGGUCACUUGCAACACUUGUCUGGUCAAGAAAACCAUCAACACGUGCCGUUAAAUCGAAUCGAAUUUUCUCUACUUAUUACAUAAUAAUAAUUACAUAGACACUUGUAAUAUACGC